GGUGGCACUGAUAGGUGGCACUGAUUGGCAUUGCUAGGUGGCACUGACUGGCACUGAUGGAUGGCACUGAAAGGCAGCUCAGAUGGGCAUUAAUAUGUGGCAUUGAUGUGGCACUGAUGGGCACUGGCAGGUGGCAUGAAUGAGCACUGACAGCUGGCACUGAUGGACACUGACAGGUGGCACUGCUGGGGCUACACUGAUCAUCAGGGCACACUGAUCAUCAGUGCCCUGAUCAUCACUGACAGCAUGACAGCUCGUGAGAAGAGAAAUGCCGAUAACCGGCAUUUCCCUGAUUAUAUGCCAUCAGCUGUGAUUGGACACAGCUGAUCACAUGACCGA